UUCACCUCAGGGGGAAAAUGGCUCAACCAGGAAGAGGACGAGGACCUCACUGCUGAUGGCGGAGCGGGCCGACAAGCUGGAGGCCGCCAUUGAUCACCUGGUGCCUGCCGUCCUCAGACAAGAUCUACACUGUGUCCACACCUUUCUGGACACAUACGACACCUUUGCCGGCACCGGGGAGGUGCUGGACCAACUAUGUGCAAGAUUCGGGUGCUAUUAUUCCACGUAUGAAGAGGUCAAGAGAUCCCAGGAGCAGCGAGACAUGGCCAUCUAUGCCAUCCUAAACACCUGGGUGGAAAAGUAUCCAGGGGAUUUUGUGCAGCCUCCGGAGUUUCCCAGCUUGCAUACGCUGCUAGCCUACCUGCAGGUCUAUGUGCCGGGCUCGGACCUGCAGAGCCGUGCCCAGCUUCUGCUGCCAGAAAGUCAAUGCCCUCCCAGAGAGGCCACGGAGCCAGAGGCUGGGGCACCGGCCCCAGAGCAAAAUCUGGAAGUUGUUCCAGCAGCCCCUCUGGCACCCGCUACAUCUCUGGAGCCUGAGCUGGUCUCCACCAUCCCUGCUGCAGCAGCUCACAGUGGGUUAGGGAGACCAGUGACCCCAGCUGACCCGUUGGGACCAGGGCAGAUGGUCGUCAGGGCCCUCGUUCACUUCUCUGCCACGGAAGAGCCACCUGGCAUUUUGCCUUUACUGGAUGACCAGCAGGUUGCUGUCCCUGAGCUGCUGCCCCCUGCCUCCGUGGAGCAAGCAGGCUGGGCCCACAAGCUGCCGCCCCCUGUCUCCAUGGAGCAAGCAGGCUAGGCCCCUGAGCAGCAGCUCGUGCUGGUUGGACCCCCAGAGCAUAUAUCCCCCUCCCCAGUCAUUUCCUUUUUUAUCAUAUUUGUAUU